UAUAUAUGAUUCAAUGACAAUUAUUAACCGUCAUAGAUUUUACUUUUUGAAAUCGAGUAAACGAAGUUUAAUUUCUCUAUUUUAAUAAGUUAAUAAUAUGUCUAAUAUAAAAGAUGAUCCACGAGAAGUUCUUGCUACUCUUAAUUCUUUGGGAUUUAUUGGUAUUACUGCACCUCAACUUAAAGCUUUUAUGAAAGAUUUGAAGAUAUACAAGAAGAUAAAAGAACAUGAAAGACAACAACAUAAGGAAGAAAUCAGAAAGAAAAUAAUGAGAAAACAGCAGCAAAUGUUUCAUGAAAUUCUCAGUGAACAUAUUAAAGAAUUAAGUGAACAAACUAACAAUUCUUCGAAUUUCGACAAUGAAUCUCUAGUAAAAGUGGAAAUCAAAUGUAUUCCAAAAGAUAAAGAAAAUCUACAUCACAGAUAUAUAAAAGAAGAAUUUGAUGUGCCAGUGAGAGAACCAUCAAAUCUGUUAAAAAACAAAUGUAAAAAAGUAAAUCUUAUUGAGGACUCAUGUUUAAAUAGAAAAGAUCAUAAUUUUAUAGAUUCUACAUCUCGUUCAACUAUCCAACGAUCCAAAAAUGAUAAUCAAUCUUUUGUCAAUUCUUAUUCUAUGCAGAAUGUUUAUAAUGCAAACUAUGAUAUUAAUAAAUAUAAUACAAUUUCUCAAGAACAACCGUUACAUUCAAAGCCAAUAUUAUCAGAUAACAAUAGACCAAUUAGUGCCCCAAAUAUUUUAGAAAAUAAUCGUAAAUCAAGAUCAAAAAGUAUAUUAUCUGAUCAAUCUACUACUGUUCGAUCGCAGAGUCUUCCACGUACUAAAAGUUCUAGCUGUUCCACACAUAAAUCAUUUAUUCGACCGUGGCGAUUACAUCCAGAAGUUCAAAAAAGUACAACAAAUAAGAGAUGCGAUCCUGUUGCUCUUUAUCAAAAGUAUCAGGAAGAAUGGAAGCAGAUAGCAUUUCCUGGAGAAGCAAAACAUAUGACUGUAAGGUGGGCUGUACGUGAAAAAAUGCUUGGUGGUGAUCCUCAUCCUCCACCUUUGCCAAGAAAAUCCGCUAGUGUACCUAUAUUGAGGAAAAAAUGACUAUAAAUAUGAUAUAGCAUGAUAUAAAAAAUUGUAACUAUUCCUGUCAAUCAAGAUAAUUCCCGAUAUUUAUAUUGUUACGAUUAUAUAUUGCAAUAUUUUCGAUAUGAACGAGCUGCUUUUGUUUAAAAAAUGAACUCUAAUAUAACUUAUCGUACGGCAUACACAUUCUUAUGUAGUGUGCAUUUGAAACAAACAAAAAAUAAGAUUCUUAAUUCCAUAUAAAAUCAGUAUUUCCUUAAUAGUAUUAAACACGUACGAUUAGAAUUUCCAGGGAAUAAUUUUAAGGAUAAACCACAGAGCGGCAAAAGUAAUUUCCAAGAUAUUCAUAAUUAUUAUGACAGGAAAAAGUUAAACAAUAUAUAUUAGAAGAAAUUUAUUUUUUUAAUACAGGAAAAUAAAGUGAAUAUGGUACUACAUACACUAAGUAAAAAUAAUCUAUGUAAAUAAAGUUUCGAUUACAUGAUGUAAGUAAUUCUUUUACUGUUGA